AUGAAAUUGGAGGCAGACGAGGUCAAUCGCCUCAUUAAGCGGACCAGGUACUGGCUCAGACAAGCGAGGCUCGAGCAGGUCAAGUCGGAAGACUUGCUUAUGCAGAGCCUUCGCACCGAUUCGACUUUACUUACUCCGGACACCCCUCAUGAGUUCUUUGAUGCCAGACAGGAGCAGAACACCUCUCCAGUUCCGAGCGAGAAGUCAUAUCGACCCACUUCGCCAGGUCUCACCACCGAGCCAGUCACUGAACGAACCACCCCUCAAGAAUCUCCCAAGAAGAGCUGCCUCCAGAGCUUCAAAACGAGAAUGGAAAUCCUUCCUUCCUAUGUUCGCUUUGAUGAAGGUCCUAGUGACUAUCUUGGGGAGUACCCCUCGCCUGAAAAGAUGCAGGUUAUCAGGGACAGCUACCUCCACAAACCCAAGGAUGUCAUAUUUCUUCUCACGCCCGUGACAAAUCUCUCGGCCAGGCCCAGUGAAUGCAAAGCUCACAAAGAGAUUGUCAUGGCCACCAGCCCCUUCCUAGCCGCGGCCCUGCAGGUCAUUAAGGAGGAUGAAGAUGGAAUAACUCGCAUCCACCUUCACGGAGGUCCGCGGUUCAAUUGCCCCACUGCUUUCGGGUUGGCUCUUCAUGGCCUGUACGACCCUAAGCGGAAGCUUUCGCACGAGAAUAUUCGACUCCAUGCUGUAAGUGGACUGGGCGCUGAACCGAGAAAAAAGGACAGCGAACUGGCCUUCUCAGUCCACCUGGCCAAGCUGGAUUUUGCUCUUUGCUACGGCUCGGCUGGCGCUUUCUUCGGAUAUCAACCUGCUGUCAGAUGCGCGAUUGAGUUGAUCCUGGAUCUUAUUGAUUGGGAAAGCGCUGAUUUCCUUCUUUCUUCGUGUCUUCUGAUCGGCGAAUACAUGCUGACUGUUCCCGCGCUUCACUCUGGUGCCGUAAAACCCACUCCAGCCGUUGUGCACGCGGGGCAAAUCGGUGAUCAUCACAUGUCCAACUUCCAUUUGAACGAGAUAGGUGUUGUCAAAAAGGCAUUGUUCAAGUUCAUGGCGUCGAAUGUCAAGCCCGAUUUCAAACUCUAUGAGCGUGCUCAAGCCACUUACUACGCGACUCGCAUUCCGCAUCAAAUCUGGACCCUGCCAGGCUCAUACACGGAUAACAUGAGCCUUGAGGCAGUCCGCUAUGGAGGUCACCCCUCUUACGCAGACCUGAGAACCAAACGUCUCGAUAUCACCAUCCUUUCCGCAAUGCUCAUCACUCUCCCAUUCUGUUUCUUCAUGAAUCUCAUCGACGAGAUGAAGAAGGCUCGGACCCCGGCGCUCACCGUAGACCUGAUGAAGGAAGUCGUGGACUUGCGUGAACAACGCCGCACGUGGGCCUUGCACAUCCUUGCCCAAAAGAGGCUCUUACCUGGUGUCAUUGACCAAGCCUAUCUCGAAGAACUUGGCUAUCGUGAAUUUGUCCUCUUCGAACGAGCCGCAGACCAGUGCGUCAGCAAUGCCAUGGUUCAUCGCAUCUGGGUGGGACUCGACCCUCCUGUUGCUCCCCCCACCGCGUCCAAUGACUCUGGCCGAACUUGA